AUGAGCUUUCAAGAGUUGGGAUUUGGAAUAAAUCUGCUAUCGCUUCAUGAUCUGUUGAACGUCUCGCAAGACAUGCACGAUGAUCCAAUGGAGAUUGAUGAAAUACACUUCAAUCUUGAUGAUCAGGAAGUUGUGGACCCGUCUAAUAACUCGUCAUCUUCAGAAUCCUUAGACAUUUCGGAAGACAUUGAGAAUGACGAUAGUCAAGCUCAUCUGCUACUAAAUGCUUUGAGUCCCACCAAUCUAGGCGCCCAAUACGCUUUGAAGAAACAAAAGCUUCUCAUGCCUCCACCCCCAUCCGCCUCAUCGCCUUCUUCAUCACCUUCCAAAGAUCUGGAUUUGCACGACUACGAGUUUGAUACGAGCUCGAUGCAUCCGUACCGACAAUUGCCCUUUGCUAGCAAAGAUCCCGACCGUAGCUCUUUCAAUCCAAAUGUCAAUCUGUCCUUCUUCCUGGAUGUUUCUGACACCCCGAAUACAAGGAAUGACGCACACUCGUCAUUCUACUAUAACACUAUGAUGAAUCGCUCGUACAAUUAUCGCAAGCAAAUGUUUCCAGAGCAGUACCAGGGCGCAAACACCAGCAUAUCCGUCCAUGAACCGGAUUCCCGCUCCAGUGCAGUACAAGUUCAUCACCAUCACUAUUACAGCCUGGGUUAUGAAGAUUCUGGAAGCACUCUUCCUGGUUCAGCGAACUUUCUUAAGCAGUAUCGCUCGCAAAUUAUGCCACAUGGCGACACCUUCGAUGAAAAGGUAACCCAGGUCCAAAGGCAAGCAUAUCAAGGGAUGCUUCCUCUUCCGUGGGAUUCUAAAUCUUCUCCUGCUGAGCGGGUACCGUACGUUUUGUCCUCAUAUUUACAACUUGCCUUAAACAUGGUGCUCUCGUGUUAUCUCUUGCAUAUUAUCGUCAGUAUAGUGCAAACCAUUCGUCAAGAUGUUGCCCAUCGGCUUGAGUCCCAGGCAAAUAAUUUGCUUGUUGAGAUCGCCCUGUGUGAACGCUCCUACCAUGAAAAUAACUGUUCACCUGAUACAAUUGUGCCCGCCCUCGAGAAGAUGUGUGCCUACUGGGAGAAGUGCAUGAACCAAGAUCCAUUCAAGGGAGGUAACACCUCGCUGGUAAGUGCCCAAAUCAUUGGAAUGAUAUUGAAUUCAUUGGUCGAGCCCUUAAGUUUCAAAGUUUUCUUGGUUGCUGCGGGAGCUAUUACAGUUGUUUUCUCCUGCAACUUUGCAUUCGGAUAUAUUCGUGCAAAAACUUACUAUGGAUGGGCCUCGGCCCAAACUGCCGGACUGACCUAA